AUGUGCCCUCCGCGAACCUCUGCGCUCGAUGCCGACAUCAUUGGGAAUAAGGACGUUUCCUCACCUGGGCCCGCGGUUGGCACUGCCUUUAGAGACAAGCGCCACGAGCGAUACUACCACCCUGCCAGGCGACUUUACCCAACAGAGAGCGGCCAGGUAUCGUAUGUCGGACAUACACACUCUGCGGAUAUCACAGAAUAUGGCAGGCUGAAAACUGGUGAUCCUUCUGAACUGUUGACCAUUGUCACGUUCAAUGGGAAAUUCAGAGCAAUUCAUGGAAUCAAACACGGCCUGGCAGAAAAUUCUAUUCUUUCUAUCGGAGAGCUAGCGGCAAUCGGGAACAUGCCGACGAACUGCUGCUGUUUGGUCAGAGUCUGGCAAGGGCCGUUCAGUGCUGCUUCGAUGGCAAAGUUGGAAGUGAAGGCUCAGGAUCGACGAGUUGCUGCCGCAGUAUUUGAGCUUCUUGUCUAUGCCAUGGAAGAUGAAGAAUAG